AUGGGAAGGAUGAUCAAUGUUCGAAUUGCCCUCACAGCGAUUGUGAUUCUUCUUGUUCAGGCUGUUGCUGCAACGACACCUGCCAAUGGAUAUCCUCAAACCUGGGAAAACAUUGAUUAUAAGAGAAGAGUUGAUGUUAGCAAGUCAUACCUACAAGAAACGGCGGAGAUCCGCAUAAAAAACAUAGAUUCUAUUGCGAACGACAAGUACUACUUUGCAUUGCCUUCAUUUGUGGCUGAAACUUUGUCGUAUUUGUCUGCUUCUCUGAAGGAUGUCAAUGCUUUCAUUGAUAGCGGUAUAGUUCAUGACCAACCGGCUUCUGAAGAAAACUCUUUGACUUUUGCGUUGAUAACCUUGCCAGCAUCCGUCAGCCCAGGUGAUGAAAUUGAUAUCGUUGUACGCUUUGCGCACAAUACUGGUCGUAGACCAUUUCCAGAGCGUAUUGCCCUGGGUGAUCGCCAAACCAUGCUAAUCACCAUUGAUGAACUGCCACUUUCGAACUACGAAACUUUGCAUUACUCCAUCGAAUUUUCAGGUGCCUCUGAAUUUUCCCAUCAAGCUUCUGAAAACUCAAAACUCGCCCCAGUUUCAACAAAAGGCGGUUUAGCUCUCAAAACGAGCGCGAGCAUUCCGCCUUUCGAGCCAAGUCCGAUUUUCACGAUCUCUUAUCCUCAUGACGGGUCUUUUCCCAGGGUAAACAAUCUUGAAAGGGGUAUUUGGGCUUCGCAUUGGGCUGAAACUUUACAAUUUGAGGAAUACUUUGAGCUAGUCAAUGACGCCGCGCCACUGGAAAGUGGAUUUUCAAGAGCCGAUUAUAUGAAAAAGCAACUUGCUUUGAAAAAGGGCAAUCAUUUGGCAACUCUCGAGAUACCUCUACCUGCUGAGGCGUCGGACACAUACUUUACUGACCUGGUGGGUAUGGUUUCAACAUACCGCGUUUUUGGCGAUCGCCUUAUCUUGAAACCGAGAUAUCCUCUUUUCGGCGGCUGGAGAUUCAAUUUCACUAUAGGCUGGACAAACGCUUUAAGCCAGUUCUUGCAUGAAAGCAAAGAAGACGAGACUUACAUUUUGUCAGUGCCAAUUCUUGACGGGCCUGUUAACACGUUUUAUGACAACGUCAGUCUCUCGGUGUAUCUUCCAGAGGGCUCUCAAGUGGUACAGGUUGAAUCCCAAAUUCCUUUCCAUGCACAGGAGGUUUCGCACAAAAAGUCCUACUUUGACCUGCGUGAGGGGCACACGAAAAUCUCAAUUCAGUACAAAAAUAUGGUGGAUGAUUUGUCGAAGGGACAGCUUCUGGUAGUGUACAAACUAUCAUCCCAGUCCUUGUACAAAAAGCCUUUAUCGAUUGGUGCCUACAUUUUUUGUGCUUUGAUUGCCUUUUUCGUUCUAAAGAGCCAGUAA